GGGCCAUUCACAGCCCUCUGUGACAUCUGCCCUGCUACAGGGCAGUCCUGCUCAGAACUGGAAAGUGGACAACAGGGAAGUGUUAAAAUGAAGGCAGAUGAGGAGCAAAAGGGCCUCACCCAUCACACUCACUGCACUCCUGGGUCUCCUGCCCAGAGCAGACUAUGCCUCCUCUCCACUGAGAACUCCCCUUCCUGUGAAGGCCCUGGUUGAAAUUGGCCUUCCCCUGCCUCUAUUAGCAGGAGGUCCUCAGGGUCUGGCACCAAACCCUCUCUGGAGCCCAGAGGUUAGCAGGGCAUGUGGUAGGACUGAAGGGGUUGGUGGAUAGCAGAAAGCCAAGAAAUUAGUGACUGUGUUGUGAAUAUGCUGACCUCCAAUGCAUGAAGUGCAGAGACAGUAGCAGGCAGGUCAGGAACUCAAGAAAGUGCUGGAUAGGAUCUGGGGACAAGCCCAGGCUGUCCCCGCCUCCUUUCCUUCCUCCUCUGCCCUCUCCACCCAUGGGGCCUGUGGAGCAGAAGCCACAGUCACUUCCUGAAAGCAACAAACAGCCCAGCUCAGGUCCCACUCUCACCGUGAUCGAUCACCUGCCUGCUACCAUGGGGAGUCAUCAGGACUUCCGGAGCCUUCAAGCAAAGUUCCAGGCCUCUCAGCCUGAGACCAGUGAACUCCCCCCAAAAUCCCCGAAGCCUGAGUUCAAGAAACUCCUGAAGAAGUUUCCACAGCCUGAGCCCAGUGAGCACUCUAAGAAGUUUCCGCAGCUCGAGUUCAGUGCAGUGCCCAGAAAGCCGCUACAGCUUGAGUUUGCUGAUCUCCCAAGGAAGUCCCCACAGACCGAGUUCAGUGCAGUGUCCAGGAAGCCCCCGCAAACCGAGUUCACUGAUCUGCCCAAGAAGCCCUUUAAAUCUGAGUUCAGUGAACUCAAGAAGUUCCCACAGCUCGAGGCCACUGUGUUCUCCAGGAAGCCCUUGCAGCCUGAGGUCAGUGAGGCCACUCAGAAUGCCUUACAGCUGGAGCCCAGUGCACUUGCCCAGAAGCCCCAGCAGCCUGACCUCAGCAACCCUACCAGGCCCCCCACAGAACCCAAAUUCAGUACAUUCCCUAGAAAGUUCUGGCAGCCCGAGCCCAAUGAGGUCACCACAAAGCCCUCAAAGGCCGAGUUCAGUAACUUUCCAAAGAAGCCCCCAAACCCUGAGUUCAGAGAGCCCCAGCAGCCUCAGAUGCCCCACCCCAACUUUCCACAACCUGACUUCAGUGCCUUUCCAAAAAAGACCCCAUCACCUCAGCUGAGUAACCUCCCCAAAAAGUCCCUGCAGCCUGAGACUGGUGAUCUCACCAGGACGUCCUCAGAACCCGAUGUCUGUGUGUUCCCCAAGAGGCCACGGCAAUCUGAAUUUAAAGCACUUUCUAAGCCUCUGCAGCCCAAGCUGGGUAGCCUCCCCAGGACAUCCUCAGAGCCUGAGGUCAGCCUACACCCCAGGAAGUUUCUACAACCUGAGAGCCAGGGGACCCCCCACAAGUUCUCACAACCCGAGCCCAGUGCCCUGCCCAAGAAGCCCCUGCAGGUGGAAUUCUUUAGGGAUCCUUCUAGAAAGCCCCUACUGCCUGGCUUCGUUUCAGAGAGUUCACUGCCCACUGCUGUUGAGGGCUCCAGCACCAGAUUCCCACUUAGCCCGGGGUUUAGAGCCAGGCAACAGAGGUCAGGAGUUCUCACUCACAGUGGAGUGACAAGGCCGGGCCUCAAACCCGGCCACCCACCCCGGCAGAGGCCUCUGCCUCCAGUCAGCAGCCUGGGACCCCCUCCAGCCAAACCCCCACUGCCACCUGGCCUCAAGGAUAUCCAGAAGUUUCAGAUACCUUCAGCAGCAGCCACAGCUUUGUGGAAGACCCGCUCUUCUGCUGGAACUCACUUCCAGGCCCGACAGCCUAAGGCUAUUCCGAAGGACCCGGAGAUCUACGAGCUGUAUGAUGAUGUGGAGCUGAUAAACUCCAGCCUCAGCCCCGAAGGCAAAGAUGAAGUACCAUCUAUCCAGCAACCUCCCAGAAAGGCAGCACAAGACACUGAACUCAGGAAGGAGAAGGCCCCUCAGCCACAGCAGUUGCUGCCUAUGGACCCUAAGGCCCGGAAGCAAAUCCGGAAGGUGGAGAAAGCUGAGAGGGAGUUCCGGAAGAAGUUCAAGUUUGAGGGGGAGAUCGUGAUUCAGACAAGGAUGAUGAUCGACCCCAAUGCCAAGACGCGUCGAGGUGGGGGAAAGCACCUGGGGAUCAGACGCGGAGAGAUCCUGGAGGUGAUCGAGUUCACCAACAAGGAGGAGAUGCUGUGCAGGGACACCAAGGGCAAGUAUGGCUACGUGCCCAGAACAGCAUUGCUGCCCUUAGAAACGGAGGUGUAUGAUGACGUUGGCUUCUUGAGUAUGUAGAUGUUCUGGGCAGGCUGGAGAGGACCACAGUGCCUUGGGACGGGGUAAGCCCCCACCCUUCUCCCCAGGAGCUGCUUAUGAGGGGGUCACUGGAAGUCACCCUUCCUCCUCUGCAGACCCUCUAGAAAGCCACCCAUUCCCCCAAGGACAAUAUGGCCCACAGGUGUGGGGACUAGGACAACUCACCACCAGCUCAACCAUCCACUAACCCAGGAAUCCUGGAUCCCAGCUUGGAGGUCACAGAACUGCCAAGGUUCACACCUGACCACGUCGUGGACCACAUAAAGCCCUUCUUUAAAGUGAUCACCGCUUCUUGUCUUUCCUGACUGGCACACACACUGUAGAGCCAUGAU